AUGAAAGAUUCAGAUAUUAUCGCAAGUGUGGGCAUACUUUUUCUCGUGGCAAUUGCCUAUGCAUUGUACAAAUGGAUCAAGAAAACAAAAGAAAGGAGACAAAGAAAGAGAUUUUUCAAACGAAAUGGUGGUUUACUUUUAAAACAGCAACAAGAAGCCGAUCCUUCUUUAGUUGGUAAAACCAUACUUUUCAAAUCACGUGACCUGGCCAAGGCGACAGACAACUUCAAUGAGAACAGAAUUCUGGGUCGAGGAGGCCAAGGUACGGUCUAUAAAGGGAUGUUAGUGGAUGGAAGGAUUGUAGCAGUUAAGAAAUCAAAAGUUGUUGAUGAAAGCCAGUUGGAACAAUUCAUCAACGAGGUGGUCAUUCUUUCCCAAGUCAAUCAUAGGAACGUGGUCAAACUAUUGGGGUGUUGCUUAGAGACAGAUGUCCCAUUGCUUGUUUCUGAAUUCAUUCCAAAUGGUACCUUGUAUAAUCGUCUUCACAAUGGAAUAGACGAGUUCCCAAUUUCUUUUAACAUGAGAUUAGAAAUAGCUACAGAGAUUGUAGGAGCACUUGCUUACUUGCACUCAGCAACUUCCAUUCCCAUAUACCAUAGAGACGUCAAAACCACUAAUAUACUUUUGGAUGAAAAAUACAGGGCCAAAGUUUCUGACUUUGGAACUUCAAGGUUUGUUUCAAUAGAGCAAACUCAUUUGACUACUUUAGUCAAAGGUACAUUUGGCUACCUUGAUCCUGAGUAUUUUCAAUCUAGUCAAUUCACGGAAAAGAGUGAUGUUUACAGUUUUGGAGUUGUUUUGGUGGAAUUGUUAACGGGAGAAAGGCCAAUUUUUGUAAAUAAACUUGGUGAAAAUAUAAGUUUGGCUGCACACUUUAUGUUGGCUAUGGAAGAAGGGCGUGUUAUGUCUAUUUUUGAUGUGGUUAUGAUUAAAGAGGCUGCCAUGGACGAGCUUAUGUUAUUAGCUAACCUUGCAAUGCGAUGUUUGAAUUUUAAUGGAAAGCGUAGGCCAACAAUGAAAGAAGUAUCUAUGGAGCUAGAAAUGAUACGAACAUCACAUAUUUCCUUUACGGUCUAAACCAAUACCAGUUCAUCAAGUACAAGGAGGAAGUCUUAUGCUAAUUUAUGGCAAAUGUAAUCUUGAGUUUAAAUGAAAGCGUAA